CAUUUCUGUUUUGGUUUUAAUCCGUCCUCUUUCUUUCCUUUAUUUUGAUCAAAAUCUCUUUUCAAAAUAAGUUCGCCAUCAAGAAACAUGUCUGUUGCAUCAUAACAUAUAGAUAUAUAUAUCCAAAACUGUAUAUAUAGGUAUCAAACUUGGAUACUCAAGUUUUUUAGAUUUUUGUCACUGUCAGUUUUUUCUUCUGGUUGUUUGUUGGAAAUUCUAAUGGGGUGAAGGAAUAGUAUUGUAGAGACUUCAAAUAGAAAGUGACUAUUAGAUGUAUAACGUAUACAUAAUUGUGAACAUGUGAUUCCAUUCAAGAAACGCGACCCACAUUUUCUUUCACACUUGUGGGUUCAAGUGAUCUCUUUCUUUCUCAUGUCUUUAACACAAUUUGUUUCGAAUAUAACGGAUACAAAUCCAUUAUCAGUGGAGGACAGAGUGGGAAUAGAAAUUUAUAAAUCUAUAAUGAGUAUGUAUGCAUGCAGCUAAUAUGAAUUUAAUAAUUUUUCACUUACUUCACAUAGUUGACAAGUAUAAAUAUUUAUAUUUUUAGUGCUUGGAGAGGUGUAAUAAACGUAUCUGCCUCAUACUUUAUCUCUAGCGAUAUAAUCAUUUACAUAUACAAGUAAUAUUUGUUUAAAAUAUAGGAAAUCAAAAAUUUAUAUGAGAAAAAAGUUUUAUUUUUCGUAUUCCUAAUUUAUAAAUGAAUAUGAAUGUUGGCUGAACUUGUAGAAAGAACGUGCUACGUACGUACGUACGUACGUAUACAUGGCUGGGCAGUCAUCUUCAUCGGAAAUUAUCAUUGAUAAGCUUCUCCUCUGCGAGAAUGAAAGGGUAGAGGAAGAUUUGAAGGCCAAAAUUGAGAAGCUGAUUGCUGAUCAUACAGAAAAGAGCGAGCCUUGUCAUUGCAGCCCAACUGUCAAAAGGAUUAUUGAUGGCUUUCUUCACUUCAAGGCCUGCAAAUUUGACAAAUAUCCAGAAAUGUACGAAGAACUUGCGAAAGCUCAGCACCCCAAGUUUUUAGUUUUUGCGUGCUCAGACUCACGUGUAAGUCCCUCGCAUGUCCUUGAUUUUCAACCUGGGGAAGCCUUCUUGGCCUGCAACGUUGCUAACCUAGUUCCGCCGUUUAACAAGUCAAGAUACUCCAAUUCUGGUGCCAUAAUUGAGUUUUCCGUCACGGCACUUGAGGUAGAGAAUAUAUUGAUUAUUAGACACAGUAGAUGCGGUGGGAUAGCAAGACUUAUGACACUUCGAGAUGAUUCCAGUGAUGAAAACGACUUCAUAGAUGAUUGGGUUAAAAUCGGAUUAUCCGCCAAGAUCAAAGUCAAAAAAGAAUUUGAAAAUCUACCAAUAGAAGAACAAAUUAAAAUUUGUGAACGAGAGUCAGUGAAUAAUUCUCUAAGCAACCUGUUGUCAUACCCAUAUGUGAGCGACGGAUAUGAAGAGAAGAAGAUAGCUUUAUGGGGCGGCUACUAUAAUUUUGUAGAUGGAAGUUUUGAGCUUUGGGAGUUUAAAUCUGAAAAACCUCCCAUUAUUAUUCGAGGACGCAUCAAGGUUUCUCCUUGAGUCGCAAGUUUGAUUCUUAAAA